AUGGUAAUCCCAGGGAUCCUCCAGUCAGGCUUUAACUUCGUCAAGGAGACCGGAGCCAAGCUCCUGCCUCGUCAAUUUCUCAGCGAUCUUGGAGGAGGAACCUCUGGAACAGGUUUCGCUGGACUUUUCGACGGUAUUUUCUCAGAUGAUGGAAGUCUCGAUCUCGGAGCGUUGUUGUCAGGCCCUUUGGGCUCUGGAAUUGGAAAACUGAUGCCUUACGUGCUAGGAUUUUCAAACGUCAAGAAGCCUGCCUCUAAUGACGAUGCUGCUGGUCUUGCUGAGUGGGCUCUCCAGAACACCGUUCAAGAGCUGAUUGCAGCUUUUACUGAUAAGACAAAAACUACCUGUGACGUUGCCCUCGAAGGACUCUCUCUGCUUAAGGAUCUUGCUAAGAUGAACAAAAAGGCCCUUCCCAUUCUUCUCGUCAACUUUUGUGAUAUGUUCCAUGACCCUCUCCAGACUGCUAUUGGUUUCAAGAUUGAUUGUCAGUUCCUGCAAGGUGAAUCCAUCGCCCGUGGAAACACCGGAUCUGCUUUCGCUAACGUUCUCACUAUCAUGGAUACUGAAGGCGAUGAUGGUAAAGCCCUACUCUAUUAUCUCUUCGGUACCGACAUUUGUGGAAAGCCUGAAACUCCUCUAAUCAAUGUCGACAGUCUUGGCUGGUACCCUGAGAAGCCCACCAACCCCGUCAUGCCUGUUUCCAAGGGAAACACCAUGAACGUACUUCACAUUUCCGACUUCCAUCUUGAUCUCAAGUACCAGAUUGGAGCUGAGUCUCAGUGCGAUUACUACAUGUGCUGUACCGAUCUUUCCCAGAACCUGACUGCUCUUGCCAAUGGAUUCACUGAGGUUCUCAUCCCUGCCCAAUCUCUCGGAACCUACCACUGCGAUUGUCCCGACUCUCUCAUGAAGGACUCUCUCCAGAACGUUGCUGAUGUUCACAAAGACAAGAAUUUCGAGUUCGGAAUCUUCACUGGUGACAUGGUUGCUCACGAUCCCGAUGAGUACUACAGCAAGCAGACCGUUGAGGAUACCGAGACCCAGGCCUUCAUGAACAUGAAGCAGUAUCUUGGAGACAUGCCAGUCUACGCAACCUUUGGAAACCACGACACUUACCCGAACUCUCAGUUCGCCCCGGCCAAGUCUGGUUUCGGAGGUGAGUACCAGUGGAACACUGAUCUUGUUACUGGGCUCUGGAAGGAUUACGGCUGGAUCGACGACGAGACUGCCACAAAUGCCCGAAACACUGAGGGAUCUUUUGCCGUCACUACCAAGCAUGGUCUUCGUGUCAUUUCUGUGGACUCCAACUUCUGGUACAACAAGAACGUCUACAACUACUGGAACAUCAGCGAUCCCGACCCAUCCGGAAUCUUCGAGUGGCUGUCCAAGGAACUGACAGAGUCUGAGGCUCGUGGAGAAAGAGUUUGGAUCAUCACUCACGUUCCUACUGGUGGUGCUGGUGACUCUCUGCCUUGGAGUUCCGAGAUUAUGCGACAGAUCAUUGUUCGAUUCUCUCCUCACGUCAUUGCUGCUGUUUUCUACGGACACACCCAUGCAGACCAGUUCACCGUCUACUACGACUCUCCUCAGGGUUCCACAGAGUUGACCAAUCCUCUUACCACAGGUUGGAUUGUCCAGUCUAUCACUCCUGCUGACUUCUACAACCCCUCUUGGAGAUACUACGAGGUCGACUCUGACACCUUUGAGAUCAUGGACUCCAUCAACUACUACACCCCUCUUGAGGAGACUUUUGACUACGAUAUCAAAAAGUCUGUCCUUGUCAACGAGACUUCUUCCUUCCCCCACAUGGGCUAUGAGAAGCAGAUCCCGGCAGAGAACACCAACUGGCAAGAGCUCUACUCUGCCCGAGAGGCCUACGACCCCAAGAAGGAAUGGCCAAAGAAUGCUCCUCUCAAUGCCACUUUCUGGGACCGUGUCAUCAACAACCUGCGAACUGAUGACGAGCAGCUUUCUCUCUUCUACGACAACUGGUGGCGAAAGUCUCCUAGCACCCGAUUGUGUCUCAAUGAUGAUGUCGAUUGUAUCAAGGAGACCACCUGUGCCCUCAUUGGUGGUUCUUGGGACAUUCUUCACAACUGUAAGACUGGUGAUCUUCCUCCCGUGAAGGUACUGGCUGACAUUCCUGUCGAGGCUGAUGAUGAUGUAUCUACUUCUUCCACUUCCGCUUCUUCUUCUGGUUCUUCAGCCAUUGAAGUCUCCACUUCCGUUUCUUCUUCUUCUGCUGCUGAUGUAUCUGCCUCUGCCUCUGCCUCUGCCUCUGCCUCUGCUUCUGCUGCUGAUGCCGAUGUGUCUGACUUCUCUUCAUCUGCUGAGGUCUCCACUUCUGCUGUUGCCACUUCUGCUUCUUCUGCUGAGUUCUCCUCUUCUGCCGCUGCUGAGCCCUCCAGUUCUGUUGAGACCUCCAGUUCUGUUGAGACCUCAUCGCCUGCUGAGACCUCAUCGUCUGCUGAGACCUCAUCGUCUGCUGAGACCUCAUCGUCUGCUGAGACCUCAUCUUCUACUGAGACCUCAUCGUCUGCUGAGACCUCAUCUUCUACUGAGACCUCAUCGUCUGCUGAGAUCUCCUCUUCUGCUGUUGUUGAGACCUCCUCCUCUAGAGCUACCGAAACCUUUGCUCCUGCUUCACCUGCUGAGAUUGAGGUGUCCUCUUCUACUUCUUCUGCUGCUGCCGAUACCUCGGAUUCCACUGCUGCUGCCGACGCACCCAUUGCUUCCUCUGUUUCUGCCUCUGGUUCUCAAGAGCUUGCCGGAUCUGUCUCCGUCUCCGUCUCUGCCUCCAACACAGCUGCUUAUGCUCCUUCUAACUUUGCGACUGCUACUGGAAACACCACCACCUCUGUUGCACCUGGCUCUGCUUCUUCCACCUCUAUAGUCUCUUCUUCUGGAGCUUCUGACAGCCAGGCCGCUGUUUCUGUUUCUGCCGGAUCCAACUCUAACGCUGAGAGCAAUGCCAACAUUGUCACUGAUCUGUCUGGAUCCAAUGGUUCUCAGGGUGCUGAUGUCGAGUCUCAGAAGAUCACUUCCACUCACACUGUCACUGCAACCUAUUGCCCCCCUUGUGCUGCUGGCUCCAAGUGGCAGCAUCCCACCGGCGCUCAUAUUCCUGGCGUUACUACUGCCACCGUCACCAGCGCUACCAAGACCGUCACAGUCUACUGUGAGACUUCUGGCUCUUCAACUCUGCUCUACGGCACCGAGAAGACCAAGGAAGAGGGUGUUGCCGUGGUUACAGUCACCAAGGACGCUAGAAAGGCUGCUGUUGGCGCCCAAGACAUCACCAAGACAGUCACCGUCUCUUGCUUCUCUUCUGGCUCCUCUACUUGGUACGAGCCUGAGGUAACCGAGGCAGGUGUUCAUGUUGUCACAGUUACUCCUGGUGUUUCUGCGAAGGCCAAGUCUUUUUCUGCCCCUGCCGACAAGCCCAAGACAGACUCCCCCAAGGCUUCUCCUGUUGCUUCCAACCUGGCUUCUGCGUCCGGAUCUCCAAGAGCUGCCUCCAAUGUUGAGUCUCCCAAGGUUGAGUCUCCUAAGGCAACUGGAACUCCUAAGAACACUGCUGCUACCAACGCUACCAAUACCUCUCCAGUUGCUCCUGCGGCCUCUUCCAAGGCCGCUACUGCCUCUGCACCUGCUACUGGCUCUCCCGCUGCUACUCCUGCACAGGCCAGCGCCUCUGCACCCAAACAGGCCAGCGCUGGAUCUAUGGUUAAGCCCGCCAUGGCUGCUAUCGGUAUCACUUUUGUCGCCUCUCUGCUGAUCUAG